AUGACAGCCGUUAAGAAAGAAAUCAGUGCUCGUAUGCAACUCAUAUCAGUUGGUGGUAUCUAUUCCCCAUAUCAUGGUAUUGCUAUUCGAUAUACACUAGUUUCAGCAGUAUUACGUACGAACCAAGAUAUGAGAGCUUAUAUUUCAAUUGUUGUUUAUGUGCCGAAUCCUGUUAGCCAGCUCCUUUAUCAAGAUUACGAUCAAGAACGAAGUGCAUUAUAUCCACCACUUGAAUGGCCAAGUCCUGGAUUAUCAAUACCAUUGGCCAGUCUUAGAAUGGGUUCAAAUGUAAUGACACAUUAA